AAUCAAGGGGAGAGCCGUAGUCACUGGUGGGGGUGGGGGAGUCUCGGUAACACUCAGCUUGUGGCUGGGUGAAAGGCCCCCCCCCCCACCCCAGGGACUCCCCUGUGGAGCUGGGAUCAGGGCCCUGUGUGGUGACUGUUCCCCCAUUUCCCAGAGUGUCACUUAGAGCUGCCUCGGGGCUGCUGGAAGGAGGGCCUCUGCGGGAGGCAGGCCAGGCUCUAGGGCCUCUGCGGGAGGCAGGCCAGGCCCUAGGCUACGGGGAGUGCAGUGAGUGAGGGCUUCGCCCUGCCUCGGCGGAGUCAGAGGCCGGGUGAGGGGCCCGGCACCAGCAGAUGCUCCAGAGGCCCUUGUUAAAAGCCGCAGCCCCCUUGUGUGGCCAGGGCAGGAGUAUUUCCUUCAUUCAAGCCUACUGAUUCCACAGGCCUGAACUCGCUGGGAACGUGGGGUGUUGGCCUGACAAUGGCAGGGAGUAACCGCCUCGUGGUGUCUGGAUCUGGCAGGGGGCUGCGUCAGAGCUGAUGGCUGGGCUGGCGGGGAGAUCAGAGCUGUGCGGGGAGCCGGCUGCCAGGUGCAGUUCAGACCCACUUUCGCUUGGCUCACGGUGUUGGGACAGCUGCCUUGUGUCCGGUGCGACUGCAGCCUGGAGGCCCCAGAGCAUCAUGUCGGAGAACAAGGAGUGGGCCACCCUGAGCCCCGAGGAGUUCGCCCAGCUGCAGAAGUACAUUGACUACAGCAGCAGGAAGGUCCAGGACGUGCUGCAGGAGUUCUAUGGAGAUGGCACCUUGGUGCAGCACCUGCAGGGAGACUCGAUCGACUUUGAGGGCUUCCAGCUCUUCAUGAGGAGCUACCUGGAGGCCGAGGAGAUCUCAGACGCGCUCUGCCAGCACCUCUUCCUGUCCUUCCAGACCUCGCCCGGGGAGGGCCCGGGGCAGCAGCCGGGCCUCGGGGAGCAACCAGCCAGCGGCCUGGUCUGCGUCAACGACGUCUCCUGCUACUUCUCGCUGCUGGAGGGGGGACGCCCCGAGGACAAGCUGGAGUUCACCUUUAAGCUCUACGACAAGGAUGGGAACGGCCUGCUGGACAGCUCGGAGGUGGAUCGGAUCAUCACCCAGAUGAUGCGAGUGGCCGAGUACCUGGACUGGGACGUCACGGAGCUCAAACCCAUCCUGCAGGAGAUGAUGAAGGAGAUUGACUACGAUGAUAGCGGGACGGUGUCGCUGGCCGAGUGGCUGCGAGGGGGGGUCACCACCAUCCCCCUGCUGGUGCUGCUGGGCCUGGAAGUGAACAUGAAGGACGAUGGGCAGCACAUGUGGCGGCUGAAGCACUUUAACCGGCCGGUUUAUUGCAACGUCUGCGAGACCCUCCUUCUCGGGCUGCGCAAGCAGGGCCUGUGUGUACCUGAGUGUGGUGGGGGGUCCCCUCUGCCCCCUACCCACGACACGGACAUGGUGGGGAAUUCCUUCUGCCCUCCUCCCCCCCAGUUCUGCAAGUUCACGGCCCACGAGCGCUGCGCCCGCCGGGCGCCCCUCAGCUGCAUCAGCACCUAUGCCAAGUCCCGCAAGGACACCAGCGCUCAGAGCCACGUGUGGGUGAAGGGCGGCUGCGAGGCCAGCAAGUGCGACAAGUGUCAGAAGAAGAUCAGGAGUUUCCAGAGCCUGACGGGGCUUCACUGCGUCUGGUGCCACCUCAAGAUCCACGAGGAGUGCCAGCCCAGCGUGCCCCCGACCUGUGACUGCGGGGCCCUGCGGGACCACAUCCUGCCCCCUUCGGCCAUCUACCCCGUGGUGCUGGGCUCCGGGCCCGAGAGGCAAAACACCAGCGCUCCUGACUCACUCGUGACUCAUCUUUUCGUUCCCCUUUCCCUCGCCCUGCAGAUUAUCCCAGUACCUGACACCCACCCCCUCCUGGUCUUCGUCAACCCCAAGAGCGGUGGGAACAGGGGGAGAAGGGUGCUCCGGAAGCUCCAGUAUCUCCUCAACCCGCGGCAGGUUUACAACCUGAUGAAGGGGGGCCCGGCCCCUGGGCUGAACUUUUUCCGGGAUGUGCCAGAUUUCCGGAUCCUGGUGUGGGGGGACGGCAACGUGGGGUGGAUCCUGGACGCCAUCAUAAAGCCAACCUGCCCCAGCGCCCCCCCGGUGGCUGUGCUCCCGCUGGGCACCGGCAACGACCUGGCGCGGUGCCUGCGCUGGGGGGGAGGCUACGACGGGGAGAACCUGGGGAAGAUCCUGAAGGACAUUGAGAGCAGCAGCAUCCUGCCCAUGGACCGGUGGCUGGUGCACGUGACCCCUGAGAACCCCGCGGAGAAGGGGGACCCCGUCCCCUACGAGAUCAUCAACAACUACUUCUCAUCGGCGUGGACGCCUCCAUCGCUCACGCUUCCACCUCAUGAGGAGAAGUACCCCGAGAAAUUCACAGCAGCGCCCCCUGCUGGGAUGGGAACAGCCGGGAUGAAGAACAAACUCUGGUAUUUGGAAUUUGCCACGUCCGAGACCAUCUUCGCCACCUGCAAAAAGCUGAAGGAAUAUCUGACCAUUGAGUGCUGUGGGCAACCCCUGGACCUGAGUGGAGCCCUCUCGGGGGUCGCCGUCCUCAACAUCCCCAGCAUGCACGGCGGCUCCAACCUCUGGGGCGAGACUAAGAAGCCGCUGGGCGAGGCCCGGAACGCGGGCGGGGGGAGCCAGCCCCAGGCCGUCACCGACCCGGAGACACUCAAGACCUGCGUGCAAGACCUGAGCGACAGGCGGCUGGAAGUGGUGGGGCUGGAGGGCGUGAUCGAGAUGGGGCAGAUCUACACGGGGCUGAAGAGCGCAGGAAAGCGGCUGGCCAAGUGCUCGGAGAUCACGCUGCGGACCCUGAAAUGCCUGCCCAUGCAGAUCGACGGGGAGCCCUGGAUGCAGCCACCCUGCACGAUCAGGAUCACCCACAAGAACCAGGCGCCCAUGCUCCUGGCCCCGCCCCCCCGCUCCUCCAGCUUCUUCGGCAUCAAGAAGGGGCCCCAUGAGUCAUAGGGGGAGCCCAGCUGGGGGACAAGGACCCCCCCAAUCCGACCACCUUGGCUCGGAGCAGGGGACAGCCCAACCCCCAGCCCGCUGCAGCCUGGAUGUCCUGUAUAGACCCAUUGCGUCAUGGGGGGGUCACACCUGCGGCCCCGCCAGCCAGGGCCCCUUCCCUGCACGAGCUCCCCUGCUUGCCAGCCCGGGCCAUCCAUGGUAGCCAGCAGGGGCCAGGCAGGGGCCUUGGUCUGUCCCCCCCCGCUUGCUGUGCGCUGGCCCCCGCUGCCCACCCUCCUCUCUGCUGUUUCUGCCCUGUGAUGGGGGCAAGGAGGGCGUAUGUACCUGCCCCUCCUGUGCAUCUCUGGCCCCUGCGGGGAGUGGGGGGCAGCAGCGUGCUGGGCCCCUGUGUACCCUACAUUCCAGCCCCCUAUUUAUUGCCCCCACAGUCCAACACUCCCCCACCCUUGAGAUUUCAAGUGCCUCAUCUUACUAAUAAAGGUCGGAGUUUUUGUUCU